AUGGCACCAGCUGUGGCCCGGCUCCUGUUUCUCCAGCUUGUUAUAGGGCCAACUCUGGUUGUGGACAUCAAGGUGCAGAUUGCCAUCAAGAACUUCCGCCUAUUACACAUCGACUAUCCCCGGGUUAGCUACCCAAAGGGUUUCCAGGGCUAUUGUAAUGGUCUCAUGGCCUAUGUGCGGGGCAGAAAACAGAGCUGGUAUUGCCCCCAAAUCCAUUAUAUGGUGCAUGCCCCCUGGAGAGAGACCAAGAAGUUCUGCAAGUACAGCGAUAGCUUCUGUGAGAAUUACAAUGAAUACUGUACACUCACAGAGGACUCCUUCCCUGUCACGAUCUGCUCUCUGGCCUCUAGACAGCCGCCCACGAGCUGCCACUACAAUGACACCCUAACCAACCAAAGGCUCUACCUGCUCUGCUCUGGAAAGCAUGAUGCUGAACCGAUAGGUAUCAUCGGCCUCUACUAGGAAAGGCAGGCUUUCAUUCUGAACUGCCCCCUACUGCCACCACACACCAGCCUGUCCCUACUCCCAAACCUCUGAUCCCUGGUAUAAGGCUUCCUCCCUGACUUCAAAGGCAGGCAGGAUCCCCUCCCAAGAGACCAGAGAGGUAGGACAAAUGUCUCGAGCUUCAGUCACCAUGCAAAGUCAUACUGCCUUGUAGCCUCUUCCCAACUUGUUUACCUCCUUUCUUCCCCUACCAUCCUCCCUCUCCCACAGACAGUCUUACCCACCCAAGAAGCUGACUGUGUCCAGUUGGCAGUGACUGUCCAUCCACUGGGCCAGAUCCUGAUUCCUGGAUGGAGGCCCAGAGCCUCAGCUCACACCAUGGCAACCGGCACCCAGUUCCACGUCUCAACUCCCCAUCCCCACCACGC